UACGAUUGACCCAUGUCACUGGCGGCCUUAGGUGACGUACUUUACACCUCUUACGUCUCCCAUAAGUGGAACUGGUGAAAUGCAGUAUCAGUGCCAGUUUCGACUCAUCUCAUCAACAAUACAAAUCAGCUCGAAUUGUUGACCACCUUGCGGAACGCUCAAAAAUCAAAGUGUUUCGGCCCUGGCAAAGUGUUACUGCUAGCCAUUGAAAACUCAACUUGGUGUUGGCAAAAGUCUGUGAAACUGUUGCGGACGUUGAUCGCGCGUCCAAGCAAGGCCAGCCUCGUGCCGAUCUGACUCAGUAUCUCUUUGCUUAUACAUCAUCAUGGCUGCCCACAAGGAGACGAAAGCAUGGACACGCGACGGCUUCAUGAUAUCCAUGGAUCCGUCACUGGUGCCCAUUGCGUCGCUCAACAAGGCAUUUGACUCGGAAGAGAUGUACUGGGCAAAAGCGCUGCCCGAGCCAGCUGUACGAGAAACCCUUGAGCAUUCCUGGUGUUGGGGUCUAUACUCACCUACACCGUCACCACCUGCGACGGCUGAUGCCGAGUCAUCUGAUCACGCCGCAACACUCCACGAGAUCGCCGAGUCGGUCCACAAACCCUCACAAGGCUCGGAUCAGUCAACGGAAGAGCCGUCGCUGAUAGGUUUUGCACGGGCAAUCACCGACCGUGUCACAUUCUUCUACCUCACCGAUGUGUAUGUCUUGCCGGAGUGGCAGGGCCAAGGGCUGGGCAAGUGGCUCGUCAGUUGCGUCCAGGAGGUCGUUGAGGAUAUGCCGCAUCUGCGAAGGAGUAUGUGCAUCACCGGAGAGAGCAAGGAAAGUCGCGCUGCGAAGUUCUACAAGCAGCUGAUGAAUAUGGAUGCUAUCACCGAGGGUAUCACGGUGCUGAGCGCGAAAGGACGGGGAAACACGUUCUAAAUAGUUCGCUUGUUGAAGUUCUGGCCACGUCGAAGUCUGUAACAUAUACUUAAAAGCCGCAAAUCCCUGUGCAACGAGAUUGAGUUUGUGAAGAGCUGUGCUGCUUGCCAGGUUGAGUCACAAAUGUUAGAUGCAAGAGGGUCUUGAAAAGUACCUUUCGC